GUAUCAUCGCCGAGGUGUGCGGACGGGAAAACGUGAACGUGUUCGCUUAGUUUCUUGGUUAAAAUUUGAUUACGAAAUCAGCUGUUGCAGGCUGUAUCUGAAUACUACAGUAGAGCUACGCAUCCCUUGAUGUCGAUACGAUGAAAACGAUUGUCUUCUGGUGUGUCGCAGUACUAACCUUCACAUGUGGCCAUGUUCAAUCGUACAAAAUACUUGGACUGUUUCCACAUCCAGCCAUUAGUCAUUUUCACUUCUUCGAACCAGUGCUGAAAGGAUUGGCAGCCGCCGGCCACGAGGUGACAGUCGUAAGUCACUUUCCGAAUGCAAAACCACCGCCCAACUAUAUCGAUCUUCCGCUGACCGGUAUGGAGUUAAUGACCAACUCUGUGAGCUUUGAGCUCUUCGAAUACCGUCCUGCGUUUUCCCAUUUCAUGGAGUUCUUCAUGUUGUACGACUGGGGUAAGCAAGCCUGUAACAAUGCUCUCGACUCGACCGCCAUCAAGCAAGUACUGGAAUCAAAAGUUCAGUACGAUCUAGUGCUGAUGGAGCAGUUCAACAAUGACUGCAUGCUAGGAGUGGCCCACCUGCUGAACGCGCCUUACAUUGGUCUGAGCAGUUGUCCCCUUAUGCCAUGGCACUACGACAGGGUCGGUAAUCCUAAUAUACCAUCGUACAUUCCGGCCUUGUUCAUGGGCUAUUCGGAAAAGAUGAGUUUCUCCCAGAGAUUGGCUAAUUUUAUCACCGUGCACAUGUUUAAAAUGAUGUACAGUUGGUUUAAUGAUAAUGCGGCAAAUUCAAUGCUAAGGCAACGCUUCGGUGACAACAUGCCAGAUAUUAAAGAUCUCCAGAAACGGACCAGCAUGAUGUUCGUCAAUCAGCAUUACUCGCUCAGCGGUCCGAAGCCACUGUCACCGGCGGUGGUUGAGCUGGGAGGAAUACACAUUCAGGAGUUCAAAGAAUUAGACCCGCCGCUGCAGAAGCUGCUGGACGCUGCGGAUCAUGGAGUCAUAUACAUCAGCUGGGGCUCUAUGAUUAGAGCCGAAACGCUGCCGGAAGACAAACGCAACGCUAUACUUAGUGCGCUUGGUUCUUUCAAGCAGCAAGUCAUCUGGAAGUGGGAGAAUGAAACCCUGCCGAACCAACCGUCCAAUGUUUAUAUCAGGAAGUGGCUGCCGCAGCGAGAAAUUCUGUGUCAUCCAAAGGUUCGUGUCUUCAUGAGCCACGGUGGAUUGCUGGGAAGUUCUGAAACUGCUUAUUGUGGCGUCCCAGUGGUAGCAACGCCAAUGUAUGGCGAUCAAUACAAUAACGCAGCCGCCUUGGAACACCGCGGAAUGGGUGUCGUUUUACCGUAUGAGCAAAUCACCCGGGAUUCGGUGUACGAAGCAUUGAAGAAAGCUCUCGAUCCGGUCACGAUGGAAAAUGCCAAACGGGUUUCAUUCUCGUAUCGGAACCGACCCCAGAGUGCUGUGGAAACGGCAGUCUGGUGGUGCGAGCAUGUUGUUGCUACCGGUGGACUUCCGUUGGCCAAAUCUCACUCAACGGAACUGCCAUGGUGGUCAUACUACUCGGUGGAUGUGCAGAUUGCGAUUUGGACUUUCCUGUUUGUUUACCACGCCAUAGAAGUGUGGAUAUUCAGACGAGUUUGCUGCCGAGGAGUAUCCGCCUUUAGUGAUGGAAAGGUAAAGACCAAUUAAGUGACUAUUGUAGAAUGGUUAGACUAGAACUGAGGCUGUUGUACAUUCAUAAAACAUAUCCGUACUAGGUGAACUUUUAGUGAGAAACAAUAUUGGACUAGUUAGAAAAUGACAUACGAAAUAAAGAAUAAUCUUUUGGAAUCAA